AUGUCGUGCGCGUUGCGACUCCCGACUAUUCGGGUAAUUGCAAACCAAGCAAAUGUCGAACUUUCAGCUUCAGCAUCGAUUAAUAUUGAUGCCCCUGAUGGUGCACCGCAUUUUGCAACGAUCAGAGAUCUCUCCUCGGCAGUGGAAGAUUCUCAUCUUUGGAUUGCUCGGUCCGGCGCUUGUUGCCUUGAGGUUUCUAUUGCACUCAAUGGCUAUCCGAUCCUUGAGACGGAAAGUCUCGAUGCCAUUGCCCAGGCAGUCCGCGGUUGCGAGGUUUGGGACUGCCUGGGCGUUCAUCUUGGACCCAACCGGACAUAUCCAGUUCAGCAGCCUGGACUUCUAUCUUUCUCACUCCAGCACCCAGAUCUCUCAUCGGCUCUCGUUGCCCCAGUUUCCACCUAUACCACUGCAUUUCGAAAACUAAUGUUAUCGAUCGAUGUGCGCAACGUCUCUCAAGAAGAACAUCCGAGAAAAUGUUUAAAGACGAUUAAGCGGCGGAAAAAGAGGGUCAAGCAGAAGAAAAAGGUCGGAGGCCGUAUCGAGAGCAAUCUGCUAAGCACUCUGGACCUGGUCGACCAACAAGCUAUUGACAACUUCAUGUUCAGUCUCAACUCCCCUUGCGAAGAAAGGAGCGGGAUUACUUCGCAGACUCUCUCCCGGGAGGAUGCAGUUAAUGACAUCAAGGUGUUGAAAGGCCUGCAGUCAUCGUCCCUAAUCGAAAUUCUCUUUGAGCAGUUGAUGCUGGCGCCUGAGAAGUCGUACAGGGGCUACCAAGUCUGGGGAUGCGGAGUUUGUUGCUGCCUCACCAAGCUUGCGCCGGGAGUAUUUCAUAUGCCUUAUCUCAAGAGCAUAUUGGACCACGCCGAACUACUACCCACCAUUGCCACAUCCUUAGCAAGUAUGCAGCAUGCCGAAUCCCCGGUGCUCAGACAGCAAGUGACUGAUCUAGCAUCGGGCUACGAGGCUUAUUCUCACCCCCAGAGUGGAAAAGACGACUCUGUGGACAUACUGGAGAGAAAGGCAUGGGAAGUACUUCUUCGACAUGUCAAUGUGCCUCCAUCAACAAAUAGGAGAACGAUGGAAAGAAUCAUGUUCCCGACUCGAAAUUCUCGCAUUUCGGGUCGAGGGUUUGUUGUUCCUGGAUUACAGCCGCCAAUUGAAUCGGUGGAUAGAAAGGCGCCAGAAUCAGGGGAAUGCGUGCAUAAAAAAAGUCAGAGCAUUCCAACGAUGGAUGUAAGCUGGGACAUCAUGGAUGGGUACCUCGACAUUAAGAAUGAUAAGGAGCAUCAUGAAGCAAUAACUGAUUUGAGUCUCGAAGUUCUCGGAAUUGAUCAAGAUCUACGGAGCAAUGCUACAAACAGCCCAACCUCCAUAGGCUGGCCUGAGCCAUGGCUUGGUGAAGCUGGUCAGCUUGGAACUGGUUUUGACACAAUGGAAUUUAUGAAUGAGAUGCCACUUGAGCAAGCUUGGAUGAGACAGAAUAUUGACUUUGCAAGACGAGAGACAAGAGUCGACCCAGCAAACUUCCCGAGUCUGGACCACUGGCUGAUCUGCAACAGCCAGUGUAACUUAGACUAA